AUGAAUUCCUGUAGCUUAGGAGCUCCUAAAGUUAAGAUUUUUACAACAAAUUUGGGUAGAUUAAGAUGUGGAAACUUGCUGAUACCAAACAAUCAAAGACUAUGUGUUGGCCAAAGCUCCAUGAAGCAUCAUCUGAGCUUGAGAACAGCAACUUUGAGAUCUGUGAAAGCUAUCCAAUUGUCUGCUGUUCCAACCACAGAAACAUCAGCUAUCACAGACGUAGAAGAUUCUGAAGAGACCAAAUCAUCUCUUGUGAAUACUCAGCUCAUUCCCAAGUCCUCUGAGGUGGAAGCACUUAUUAAUGAAAUCACUGAAUCUCCAUCCAUUGCAGAGUUUGAACUCAAACUAGGAGGUUUUCGUCUAUACGUAGCAAGGAAAUUAGCUGAAAGUAGUCCACCACCUCAGCAGAUUCCGUCUGUUGUUGCUACAAGCGCAGCUUCUGAGGGAGUCAAUACAAACGGAUCAGCUACUUCUUCGUCAUUAGCUAUCUCAAAGUCACCAUCUUCUUCUUCAGGAGACAGACCGCAAACACGAGCUAACAAAGCUGCUGAUGAGGGUUUAGUGCUUCUCCAGUCUCCAACUGUCGGUUAUUUCAGGAGAUCCAAGACCGUAAAAGGGAAACGCCUUCCUACAAUCUGUAAAGAGAAAGACAUAGUGAAAGAAGGUCAAGUUCUGUGCUACAUUGAACAACUCGGUGGCCAAAUCCCUGUUGAGUCUGAUGUUUCCGGUGAGAUUGUCAAAAUACUCCGUGAAGAUGGCGAGCCUGUAGGAUACGAUGAUGCUCUAAUCUCAGUCCUUCCUUCAUUUCCUGGCAUCAAGAAGCUUCAGUGA